AUGGACGCCAGCCCCGCGGAAUCCGGUCUUUUGGGGCCGAGAAGAGCGGCCGCAGGCACUCCUCUCGUCUCCGUCAAUCGGUCCACUUUGCCCGGCAUGACGCUGCCCUUGUUGCCAUCGCUACCCUCGCUACCGGUCGACCUGUUGCCAGGAUCAGUCGGUGGCCAUCUUCCCGCCGGCGGCAGCGGUCUGACCGGCUUCGACGCUCUCGCCACCGCCGCUGCGCUCUACGCUCGUUUGAUCGCCUCUUCUUCGGCCUCUCCGAUGGCAGGACUCGGACUCGGAUCCGCAGGACUUGCACUCGGUCGCCAGUCCCUCUCCGCCACCGUCCCCACCCUCACCGGAGCUCCGAGCUCCGAGACCGCAGCUGCGGCACUCGCCUUCUCUCGAUUCGCCGCCUCCAUGGCAACCGCUGCAGCCACCGCAGCAGCAGCCUCUGCAUCUUCAAAUUCUACGCCGCCACCGCUCACGUUGCCACAGCAACUGUUGGCACCGACGACGACAGCAUCGACAUCGACGACAAUGUCCAAGUUCCUCGUCACUUCCGGCGCUGCUUUCUCGGCUGCGUCGCUUCCGCUGCCUCGAGGAGCGGGGGUUAUGGCUUCGCAGAGCCUCCUUUUGUCACCGCCGCCGCCGCCGCAACCCUCCUCCUCGUUCUGCUCGGCAGGAGACACGAACAACUCGUGUCUGAUGAGUCCUGGCUUUGGGUCUCGUCAGGCAGAAGCGGUCGCUAUGCUCACUUCCAGAUCGGGCCAGACGUCUUCGGCCAGGACGGCCGGUGCUGCGAGCCUCCACGAGAGCAGGGCUGUUGCGAGUCCGCGAGGUGAGCAGACGAGCCAAUGA